AAAAUGGACUUUAUUUUAAAGUUCAAAGUACAUUUAUUUUCAAAGUAUGUAUACAUUACACAACCUUGAGAUUUGUCUCCUUACAAACAGGCACAAAAUAAAGAAACCCAAAAGAACCCCUAAAAAAAAGGCCAUCAAACACCCAAUGCGCAGAGAAAAAAAACAAAUUAUGCAAACAAUAAAAGUAAGCAAAUAGCAUUCAAAAUGAAAGUAAGACCACAGACACAAAGCUAGGCGGUUGCAGUUUAGUUUUGUUCUAAUUAUGGUCUUCCUUGCAAAAUUUAUCUAAUUUGAUUUCCUUGUGAAUGUUGUUGUUGUUAUUAUUAUUAUUAUUAUUAUUGGAGUUUGGUCAUGGCUGAAAUUAACUCCUGCCUGGUUAAGAACCUAGAGCUGCUGCAAUUUGUCUACUGCCACAAAAGGUCUAGAGUGGACACAAUCUCACUGGCUCUUCACUCUGCUUUGGAGCAGCUAUUUCAGGCUACUGUUCGUUUAACUCAAUGUUCAACACUAUCACCCCCACAGCACUAACCAGCAAGCCUCAAAACCUGGGAAUCUAUAACGCCAUUUGCAACUGGAUCUUCAAUUUCCUUAUCGAGAGCCCACAGUCAGUACUGAUCACCACCAUGUUGACAAUCAACACAGGCACACCAAGUGAUGUUUACACAGUCCACUGCUCUUCUGUCUCUACACUGUGUGACUAAGCUUUGCUCAGGCACUAUCUUUGAAUUCAUCUGUGACACCAUUGUUGUUGGCAAAAUAUCAGAUGGUGAUGAGGAGGAGGUGUACAGAAGUGAAGUAGAUCAGCAGGUAGCAUGUUGUUAAAUCAACAAUCUCACAUUCAAUGUCAGCAAGAUCAAGGAACUGACUGUGGACUUCAAGAAAGUGAAGUCGGGAGAAAACAUACCUUAUUGAAAGGUCAGUGGUGGAAAAGGUGAGCAGCUUCAAGUCCUUGGGCAUCAACACCUCAGGGGAUCUUUCCUGGCCCUUACAGAUUGAAGCAAUCAUGGAGACACACUAGCAUCGUCACCAAUUAACUGGACUUUGAACACAUACGCUCAUUCCUCAAUCAUACUUUAUUUUACUCAUGCACAAGGAGAGCAGCAUGGCCCCAGUCACCACACUGUUCUGAAGUCAAAACAAAAUAAUGCUAAUUUUAUACAGAAAUGAUUAGCAGUUAUGGAAAUGGACCAGUUGGUCAGCUGUGUAUGUUUGGAUUUCUUACUUGCCGGAUCAAUCACCAUUCACAAUAAAGGUAUUAAAAGUCAAUAAAACUACAAACUAACAAUCAAUGAUACUUUGAAGUUAGUAAAGCAAUCAUCCCUUUGUUGGUGUGUGUGUGGGGGGGGGGGUUUUCAUCCUUUCAUUAUCUUCUUAUAUUGUCUCCAGUGAGUGAAAAGGUAUCUGGGAAUCUGUUCUGUAAAAUGAAGUUACACUCUUCAAAGACUUUUCUUGUCUUGGUUGUCUGCACUCUAUUUGCAAUCUGUCCUUGCUUGGACAUUAAGUAACCUUUGGCUUACCACAACUUACACACUAGUAGCUCCACUUUGUUGCAAGUUUGAGAAGUGAUUUGUCUCCAAAAUCUUUUUAAAAAUUCCUGCAGCAUUCUGGUUGAUGUAUCACAGCCUGGUACAGAGGCUUCAAUGCACAGGAUCACAAGAGACUUCAGAAGGUUGUAGACAGCCAUUUCCAUCAUGGGCAUCCUCAAAAGGCAGUGCCUCAAGGUGGCAUCCAUUAUUAAGAACCUUCACCAUUAACGACAUGCCCUCUUUUCAUUACCUUUUGGGAGGAGGUACAGGAGCCCAAACAGCCACGCUCAAUGAAUAGAAAGAUUCAGAUUUCUGAAUGGUCUAUAGUAUUCAGUGUUCCUCUUUUGCAGUAUUUUUUAAAAAAUUAUACUUAUGUUUAUGUCCUGCCUGUACUGCAGCAGAAUAAAUUUCACUACAUGUCAGCGGUAACAAAUCUGAUUCUGAUAUGAUGCCAUGUGUCUGUAAUGCUGCUGCAAAUAAGUUUUUCCAUUGCACUUGUACAGUAACAACGACACCUGAUGAUAAACUUGACUUCGGACAGGUACUGUGCUGGGUUAGGAAAGGCGCAGAGUGGGCACAGGCGGUAGGUCUAGAAAGGCAUCAGGCUCAAAGAAGAUAGGCCGAAGGGCCUAUUACUGGGCAAUGAACUGCUCAACACUGGAACCAGGAGCUGCACCAUCUCUACGGCAAAUUCCAAUUUCCCGGGUCCAGGGCCCAAAACUCUCACUCGCACCCACACACGAGUAGCAACCGGAGUCCACACUGCUCAGCCUGUUCAUGCCAGUCCUUAACCUGAGCAAAUCCCGGAAGGCCUAAGCAUUAAGCCGGGAGCGAGGGUGCGGCUCAGGCCUGGCCAGGACUUGUACCUAGAGUCACGACUCUUGCCUGGGUCUGAGACUGUUUGAAGACUGGGCACUGUCACAACCCAAGCACUCGGAUACCGGUCACGCCAUUAUAUCCCGACGCCAGGCGAGUCCCAAGCCGGCGGCGGACGGAAGAGGCGGGUCUGCGCCGGGCGGACGGGCGGGGUUGGUGCUCCGGGCGCCGCCGCGGCUGCGCACUGGCCGCGGCGAGAGCGCGCGGACGUUCGGGAACGCGCAGGUGCAGCAGCAGCGGCGGCGGCGGCCCCGGUUCGGGCCCCGGGGAGCUGAGCAAGCGGUGCGGCCGCAGGAACAGUGGGAGUCGGCGGCCUGAGCCGGGCCCUGCGACCGGGGGCCUGUCGGGCGAUGUUUCUGCUAUCGUCCACACUCCCUCGAGGUGAGCUGUGCCUAAGAUGCAAAGGUUGCCUCUGCACUGUUUCAGGUCUCUGCUGCCAAGGACGAAAGGUGUUCUGCUGCUAGGGAGACUGACUCACUUUGGCCUGGGCUGCUUCCUUCGUUUCUUCCACCUGGCCUGCUGCCGCGCUGUCCCCUGCCCUCUGCCGAGCCGGGGUAUGAUGUACGCAGCCCAUUACCACGCCUGCAAGUCGCAAAACACCUGGGCUGCAUACUUGGAACACUUCCCUCACCUGCACCAGGGAAGGCACAAUGGACACAAGCAAAACCGCCAUCACCACCACCAUCACCGCAUCAAGAAGAAAACCUGGAACUUCAUCCAUGAGAAGAUGAGCUACGACACAUUCUUCACUAUGAAGCGGCUGAUCGACCGCUCACGGACUGUGGGUGAGGUGUUACGCUGGGUGACACAGAAUCCCGGCAAGAUCUCCUACAACCAUUACCCUAUUGCUCUGCAGAAGAUUGGUCAGGUCCUGCAGCAACGAUCUGGAGGGGCCAGUGAGGAGACCAUCCACAGCCAAAUGUUGGAACUGGAGGAGUUCCAGACACUUUGUAACUCCAUUGUGGCAGACUGCUCCAAGUUCGACAACUUCAGUAUUGUGAACUGUCUGUAUGCGGUUGCUGCUUUGGGUCUUCCCAGUGAUUCCAAGAUUGUUCAGGUCCUGGAGGAGGAGUCGCGAGUCCGGCUCACUCAGUUCAACCAGAAGGAUGUCUCCAUGGUUUUCAGUAGUGUCAUGAAACUGCAUCGGUCCACACAGCACCCGCUGGUUGAGAGCUGCCUCGCUGGCUUGGAGAAGAACAUUGAGAAGGAGCGUCAUCCCCAGACUCUUUUCCUCUUGCUCUCUUACUACAGAUUGAAGUCACAGGCGCUGCAGUCUGACUCCUACACUAGUGAGCAGCUUCUCAACAACCGCAAGAUCCUGCGGCUGGUCAAGCACACACUGGGGCACGUUGCCAAUGUGAGGGACCAUGAGAUGACCCUGCUGGACGAGAUGCUUGCCACAUGUUGUCGGGAGGCCAGCAAUAAGUCACUGGAGCUGAUCUUCAGCUCUCAUAUCUUCUAUGAAAAUAGGCAGGAAAAAUUCAUCAGCAGCCUGGCAGAAGAACUUCCUAAAAAAGUGGACAGCAUCACCCCUUAUACCAUGGCCCUGAUUGCAAAAUAUAUUGCCCGUCAUCGACUGCGUGAAGGCAAACUUCUGGACACGAUUGCAGAGUUCCUAAUCAAAAAGGGUGACUACCUGGACAGUAAGGUAAUUCAGAAACUAGUUUUUCCAUUCAGUCGGAUGAACUACAAACCUGCCAAUGCAACCAAGUUCUUUGAAAAGCUAGAAUCGGUGCUGGAGGUCAAGGCUAUGAACUCACCCCUGGCCACUGUCAACAUUUUUAUGUCUAUGUUCCAGCUUGGCCAUUUCCCUGGAGCCAUACUUGACCGAGUCUUCUCAGCUGCAUUCGUCAAUAAUGUGAUGAAUAGUCCAUACGGAUUGAUAGUGCGCCGGUACUUAUCCCUGCUGGAUGCUGCCAUUGAGCUGGAGUACCGUGACUAUAAGGGUCCACGAUUGGAAGACAGGUACAAGGUUAUGAUGUUUGACCGGGUGCUGACUGCAGAUGAGGUCAACAGGAAGUACAGUUACAAAGGCCUGGUGGCAGAAGCUUUGAGGCAGCUGCUUGGUGAUCAAUGUUACAAACAGGAUGAGGUUCUUCCCCCAGGAUAUUAUACAGACUUCUUGCUGUGGAUAAAUGAGUCUGGUACUGUCCUUCAUAUUAAUGGGACUACUCCCAGUGCUGGCACUCCUCUCUGCCCCUCCAUCCCAAGUACAAAAGGCACCGAGAAGCCCAGUGUCCUCCACACUCAGCCCGACAUCUCCUCCCUGACCUCUGACUUCCAGAAGUUCUCGCCUUUUUGUCACAAUGAUGUGACGCCCAAGGAGAAGAGAGAUGGCGAUUGUGCAGUUGAAGUGGAUUUUCUCAGUCGCUCUCGGCCCCCAGGGAGUGGUGGAUCUUCCGAUGCAGCCUCCAUCUUAACAGGCUCCACAAUGGAGUACACUUACUACUCACCUUCAAACUACUACAACAGCCUGACUAAGGAGCAGUCGCUUGAGAGUCAGGAGAGUUCCACACUUAGCAGCCCUUCUGAUUGCUUGAACCAGGCGCCUAAUACCACAGGUUGCUCGCCUGUCAUGAACUCCAGUUCCCUCUUCCAGUUCCCCAUCGGAAAGAUCCUGAAUGAGGACACAGAGACAGCUCCCCAGAGCCAAGAGCACAAUCUCUUCAGAGCAGAGCAGUCUGCUCCAAGUUUCUAUGACAGCCACCACUAUCCUGAGAGCCAGAGCAGGGUGGUACAGGGGGAGCUCGUGAGUCCAGUGCCUCCAUCCCUACAACUCUCCAGCCCACUGCUGACUGACAAAGAGAGGUGCCGGGACAACGAUCAAGUGAACAGGAUUGUGAUGUCGGUGAAUGACAAAUGGCAUUACUGCCACAACUCGGACGUGCUGGUGGGAUCUCGGGCAAUGCGGGAUCGACACCUGCGCUUACUAGGAUAUACCGUUUUGCAGCUGCCUUACCAUGAGCUGGAAAAGCUGAAUGGGAUCGAGGAAGUUAAACAGUAUUUACAAAAGAGACUCCUGGACGUGCAGUUAUGACGAUCAAAGACUAGAUACUUUUGUACCUCCUCCCGUUUGUACUUGGAGAGUCGGCAGUGGCCUCCGCUGGCAAUCAGACCUCGGCAGUUUGUAGCGCCGAUCCUGUUGGAAAUUCUGGAAUUGCUCCAAUUAUUUCUUUCUCCCUUCCCUUUUUCCUUUGAAGUGUAGCAAGUGUGUCUCCUGGUUUUACUGUUUUUAUUUGCUUUUUGUGUGUUCACAUGCUAACUACUGCCAGAUGUCUUGCACCAUCUCUGGAGACGGUAGACUGUAAGCAAUGAGCUACUGGAUAUUUUCACAGGAAGUUUCACAAAAGGUCAGUCUUUGUGGAGUUUGAACGGAGUGUUCACUAGCCCUUGUGGAGUGGAUACCAACCACCCCAUCGUUGGCCUCUCACCACCUUCCAAAGUCAAAGGAAGUGAGGGGUUUGGGUCUCCCUUUCUCAGACUGAGGGGGAAGCACAGGCGGGGACCCCCAGACAAACCAUGGGUAAAUUAAACUGUUCUCAAUGCUCCAACUCCCCCAACAGACAGCCCAAGGCCUCUAUAGUGAGAGGCUCUCCCUUGCACCCCAGACCUGGCUGGCAGGGGUAGAGAGCAGCACUGAGCAGUGAUGUGGGUACCUCUGCUCCGACUUGUGUCGUUGGCCACUGGGCUUUGCAAGAUCAAAUGGUCACAGACCCACAUAGAGAAGGCCAACUUUUAUUAACUAACAGGUGGGGCUGAAGCACCUCGGGGAAUAGUGCUCCCACAGUGUCAAUGGAGAGGGAUUUCCAAGAUUUGGACCCACUGGUGACUUUACGGUGUAGCUAUUUGCCUGUACUCCCAAUCAGCACAGGGCCAGUGAGGAAGGGGGCUGCUGUUGAAAGAGCCCUGGGGUGUUGCUUUGGUGUGUGUUGUGUGUGUGUUCACUACCACCAUCGAGGGCCAGAGGUGCAGGGAGUGUUUCUUAAGGCUGCUAGCUGUGAGGAGGCAAAUGAGCUCAACCUCACAGGCCUGCCUGCCCACUGCAUUCACUUUAACCACUCUUUACUUUUGCAUGAUGUAAAAUUAAUUUAACCAUUUGAGGAUUUUAUACAGUAUGAUUCUUUGUGGGGGGUUAGUGAAAAGGGUUUCCUAUCACUAUCCCAUUGGAGAUUUCCAACUACUCUGUGAAGCGGGGUAGGAUAGGAGUGGCCAUAGUUCUCUUUGGUUGAGGGACUGAGGACACUGUUGACUAUUCAUAGUCAGGUGAGGAGAGAGGGGAAGCAGUGAAGAGCUGUCCCCCACCUGCUGGUAAUUGUGAGAGUUGAAUUAAUUGCACAGUCCUUGAAGUGGGUUCAUCUCGCUGGGCGUGUUUGACUGUAGUUCAAUGGUAAUUGUCUGUUAGUGUGUGGGUUGUAGGUAGAUGGUGUGCAGAAUGCAAGUCUUUAAUCCCAGCUGGGUGGGAAUGUGGGAUUGAUGAAGAGAAGGGGCAGAGGUUUAGUAUUUUAAAUUUGGUUAGGUUUUGAAUGGUGGGUUUGGGGGUCGAUGGGAUUGUGGGUUUAAUAUGUGAAUGAAUGAGGAAUUGCUGAAAUUCUAACACGUCCAUCAGCAUCAGGGUGGUGUGUAUGUUGAGGUCAAAUAGGAUUUUUUAAUAAUCUUCGUGUGUUUGUAGGGUUGCUACGAGGUUGGGGUGUGGUGCUGGAUCUGUUUACCAUGAGCUGGAGUCCCAAACACUUUCAAAUCUACCAUGGCUGUAGCAGUCCAAGGGGGAGUUUUGGAAGGGAUUAUAAAAUACCUGGGAAUAAAUAAAAAAAACAAGGGAAAUCCUCUCACUUUGUCUGUCUUAUAUCAUUGCAACAUUUCUUGGUAUUUUGAAUAUUCUGGUCUGUGCAGAGUGGAUUGGUGAGGGUGGCCUUCAUUUUGGCAUGGGAGGGUAUGACUUAAUUGUCUCAGUUGUCCUGAGAGCACUGGGGGUUAUUGGCACAUAUGGAACGUUGUCACCUUCUGGCCAGGAUAGAGUGUGCCUUGGUCAAGGAGACUGUUUUCUUUCACUGAAUACCGUUAUAUUUUAUUUUUUUUCUGUGAUUCUUUCAGGGUCAGCUUGCAGAUUUCCCAGAGCAACACACAACCUGCUGGAUGAGCUGUCAAUAUUCCUUUUCUCACCCCUGCCAGAGGCUGUUUAGUCUGCUGAGUUCUUCCAGCAGGUUGUUUGUUGCUGUAGAUUCCAACACCUGCCAUCUUUUGUGUCUACAGAUUCCCAGAAUUUAGUUUUAUCUCAUCCCUGGUGGAAUUUCUGUCCAAGACCUUGGAGUUACUAGAGACAUGAAGCCUCUGUCUCUAUAAUGCAGUGAGAGGUUUACUCAGAGCAACCACCACUGUCACUGGCAUGUGGUGCCAACGUCCCACUCUCACACCAUAGGUAGUGAAGUGUCUUCAUCCAUCGGCAGCAUCAUUCAACCUAGGAUGAUAAGAGACAGCAUACACAAAAUGCUGGAAUUACUCAGCGGGCCAAGCAGCAUCUAUGGAAAAGAGUAAACAGUUGACAUUUUGGGCCGAGACAGCGACUCUUUUCCACAGGCCUGCUGAGUUCCUCCAGCUUUUGUAUGUUGCUUUGUAUUUCUAGCAUCUGCAGAUUUUCUCGUGAUUGUGACAGAGAGACAGGUCUGGUCCCAUGUACUGAUUUAACCUUUAACAUAAUCAUCACUAGAUUCCCCAGCACUCAACUCUUUGGGGCAGUUUUUUAAAAAUUAGUUCAUGAAAUAUAGAAAAUUGGUUUAUUAUGCUUUGUAACUCCAAAAUCUAAUCAAAAGAAAAACACAGGAGCCCAGGUAAACUUGUCUAUUUCAUUUUUAUUUUAGUGGGGCGUACAUAUGAGGCGGUGGCGUUAUAACGUAUACCAUUCACAUACUUUUACAUGUAAUCGAUGAUGAAUUAUAUAAACAGCAAAGAUUGCUUAAUCGAACAAUAUAUUUACAAUAUUACUGAAAUAUUAAAUACACAACACUCCUCCUUGCUUAGCUAUAAACUCCAGCUCAAUAAAGAAUGCAUAUAGAAACAUAGAAAAUAGGUGCAGGAGUAGGCCAUUCGGCCCUUCGAGCCUGCACCGCCAUUUAUUACGAUCAUGGCUGAUCAUCCAACUCAGAACCCAGCCUUCCCUCCAUACCCCCUGACCCCUGUAGCCACAAGGGCCAUAUCUAACUUCCUUUUAAACAUAGCUAAUGAACUGGCCUCAACAGUUUGCUGUGGCAGAGAAUUCCACAGAUUCACCACUCUCUGUGUGAAGAAGUUUUUCCUAAUCUCGGUCCUAAAAGGCUUCCCCUCUAUCCUCAAACUGUGACCCCUCGUUCUGGACCUCCCCAACAUCGGGAACAAUCUUCCCGCAUCUAGCCU